UGCAGGAGCAGAGAUGGGGCCGAGUGGCGCAGCCGCGGUGGCCAUGGGGCUGUGGGUCUUGGUGACAGCGGGCGUGGCGGUGGACCCCGGUGUGGAGGCUCCCGGGCGCUGCCUCCUCUCCCAAUACCGCUCCCUGGAUCCCCGGGCACUGGAGGCAGCCAAGGCCCUGAGGAACCGCUAUGAGGAAGAGACGCUGAGCUGGAGGCCGCGCAACUGCUCGUUCCACCCGAGGAGGAACCCUCCGCCGCCGUCGUCCUGCGCCCGACUCCGCCUGGUGGCCCGCGGCCUCGCCGACGCCCAGGCCGUGCUGAGCAGCCUGCCGAGCCCGGAGCUGUUCCCCGGCGUCGGCCCGACCCUGGAGCUGCUGACGGCCGCGGGGCGGGACGUGGCGGCCUGCCUCCAGCUGGUCCGGCCAGGCUCCUGGAGGAAGUCCCCGCGGCCGCCCAGGAGGCGUCACAAAACUCGCAGAGCUGAGUCGCCUCGGUGUCAUGAAGCCAGAGUCAUCUUCAACUUCCUGCGCCUGCUCGCGUGGGACCUGCGGCUGGUGGCAAACUCGGGACCUUGUCUGUGAUCCCGCCGCGGCCCCGCCUGGGACCCGAAGCUGCGAGGUCGCCUGGCUGCGGGCGCCGCCCUCCUCCGCUGCCCCAUUGGACCCGGCGGGUCUCUCAGCCUCCACCCGCCUGCGCUGGUGCCAGAGGCGCCCUUUUCCCAGGGCCAGAACCAGUUCCCCCUGGAAGCCGCUCUAUUUCCGUGGGAAGUGUCGCCCUAAGAUCUUCCAGGGCCCCGGGCUGGCAGGAAAAGACUGGAUUCCGUGUCGACCUUGGUCGUUGACCACCACGUACCAUGGACCAGUUUCUACUUCUGUGGUUACAGAAACCUCCCUGUCCCUUGACAGGUUCCAACGCCUGCUUUGAACCUUCAGUGCCCGCUUUGACAUUCCAUGAAUAUGGGACUGUUGGAUCUCUCUGCUGGGGAGACCUCAUUCCAUGAGGGACUGGGCAAGAGUCCUUCUGUUAAGUAGUUUUUUGAAUUCCGUUACUUUUGUGUGUUUUGUAUUUAUGAAGUUCCUAUGUAUAUUUGCUCUUUUGUCUUCUUGGGUUAAUUUAU